AGAAGUGGGAAAAGAGUCAAAUGAUGAGGAAAAAAAAGAACGAGGCAAAAUUGAACAAAGAUUGUUAUAAGUUAAACAAAACAGGUAUAGAUGGAAGCGAAAUGGUUUGUUACCUGGAGAACUCGAAAUUGAAUAUUUUUUUGUAUCCUUAUUGACUCUUGUUUCAACUGUGAUUAAAUAUCCUUCAAAACCUUUUACUCUUUCAUCUAGUCUCGAUUAUUGUAAUUAAAAUUUUAUUACCAAAGUUAAGUAUUGAAGAGAAAAUUUUAAACUCGAAAGUUCAUUUUUUGUAUCGAAAAUUCCGUGAAAAUUUGGUAAAUUUCAAGUAUAAAUAUUUGUGAAGUGCGAAAAAAGAAAAUAAACUCUGGGAGUGAAAAAUAUUGAGUUGAUUUUUCUGUGAAUAUUUGUUUUGGUGUGAUUAAUUUCAUGGUGAUUCAUGACAAAUUUUCACGCAAUUGACAAGUGAGACACGAAAUUUUGUUAAAACGCGAGGAGAAAAGAAGAGGAAAAUAAAAAAGAAAAAAUGGGAAACCGUAAUGCUUCCACAUCGGGUGUCUCUUCAUUCAACUCUAGUCCAUCACGGAUACAACGUCCUUCAAGUGCUUCCUCCCUACGUAGCUCUUCACGUUACAGGUCGGACCGGGGUCGUUCCUCAUCGUCCCUUUCCAACGACUCUUAUCCUCUGUCAACCCUCAACAAGUUACACGGAUCGGGUGAUGCUUCACCCUUGAUCAACAAGCUUCGUGCUAAAGUUGCCUCUCGAAUGAUGGGAUUUAAAAAUGCUUCCAACCAAGGUCCAAGUGAUUAUGAUUCAAUGUCGUGCCACCCAAACACAGGCCAUCGUCACUCUACAAGUGGUCCUGGCUCCUUAACCAACUCCAACGGUAAUGGUAUAACCAAUGGAACUGGUUUACAUGGUUCAAGUGACAUCAACAGUGGUUCAACUGGUGAUGCAUCUGGUGGUGACCCAAUGUUUCCCAAGUUAAAGUCUCAAUCUUCAUUAACCAAUGAUCAGCUUACUGCUCAUCUUACGGAAGAGGAAAGACUAAUUUUACAAAAAGUGUUUCAAAAGGAAGAAGAGUUUCACCGAGAAGCUCUAUCCAAAAGGCAAUUUAAAACUUCAACUGUUGAUAAAAAAGAUGGACCCACACUGAGUAGUUCACCGACUCAAUCGCCUUCAUCUGGUUCAAAACUUGUCGGCAAUUGUCGAACUUGUAGAAAGAAAAUAUUGACCAAUGAACCGUGCAACUAUUGCGAUACCUGUUCCGAGCCCAUUUGUGAAGAUUGUUCAUCAUAUUCAGAUAAAUCCAAGGAAAAGCUUUGGAUGUGCUCAUUUUGUCGUCGACGGGGAACUCAACCUGCAGUAGCUGCUCUUACCGAACUUGGUCUAAUGAUUCCUUCGUCGUUGGUUACAGGAAGAAGAAGGUCAACCAUUGUCAACAUGAAAGACUCGUUUCAGCAACAACGAAGACCGUCCAGUAUUGAUGCAGUGGGACGUUCAACGCCUUCCGAGUUGCCGAAUAGAGGUGAAGCUCUGGCUAGGUUGCAAACUCCAAACUUGGGAGCCAGGUAUGAAGGUCGAAAUUUGGCCAUUCCAGGAAAUUUGCCGAGUCGUCGAUACUCGUCUAUUGUUGUAACUAAAGAACGGUAUUCAUCGAAUGAAGGGUUGAAUGAAAGGCGCACUUCUGAUGAGUUGAAGAGCUCAACAUUGGGUGAGAGUUUGAUGCGUAAAGAGACGAUUAUGUAUAGAUCGAGAGAUGAACUUAUAUCAAUGAGUGCCAAUGAAUCGAACAUGAUUGGAAGGUCGACUCCGCCCGGAGUCUCGAUAACCCAUGAUAAUCAUCGAGUUUUGGGUAAAUCAUUUUCCGCCUCUGAUAGUUCAUUGGAAGAUUAUCCAAUGGAUUCCACUUCAAAGUCAACUCAUGGGUCGACACUAGAAGGUGGUGAGCUUAGUGUGCUAAAACGACGUCGAUCUCAGAGAUCGCGGUCAGUCCAUCAAAGUAAUCGUCUUAUGGGUUCUGAUGAUGUCUAUGAUAAUUCCAUCCAAAGUACCAGUUUACAUGGCAACAGCAGUAACCAUUUAAGCACUCAUCACGCUCACCCACAACAGACCCAAAAGUUGACCGGUAAUGCUUCCACUCUUGGCACAACAAAUCCCAUACUGAGGACCUCUUAUGGAGCUCUCAAUGGACCCGAGUUUUGGGAUUCAAGUGAAGCCUGUAAAGGAGCUAAACGUAUCAACAAAAAUGCCACCAAUGGGAGUGCCAAUGCUUUCAAUUUGCCCAUAGUUUAUAAUGAAAAUAAUGUCAAUGUGAACAACAUGAUAAAUAGUAACAUGACUAACAAUUUAAGACAUAUUGCCUCAGACGUUGCCCUUUAUUCACCGCAAAAUGAUAAUAGACGUAAAAGUGAUUCCCAGUCAUCAGAGUACAGUGAUAUUCGCAUUCCCAGUCCACCUCAAGAGUCAAUGUCACCCUCAUCUCCCGACUACUCCAGGUCACCAAGAGAGUCUGCCGAUUCAGAUAUGCUUGGAUUACCAACAAUUGGACCUUUGCCCACGCAACGUCGAUCCAUCCCUUCGGUACUUGUUGACAAUGCAGUGGAUACUCAUCAUCUUACCCUCAAAGACUGUUUCCCUCGUCGUUCCAGCACAGGUCGAGCUCUACCUCGAAUACCUUCUGAACAGUCUCGAAGUUUACUGGAACUACCACAGGGUCGAACUCAGAGCACGCAUUCACUCGACUUGCCCAACCCUGAUCAACCUAGAAGAGCUUCAGCUCCCGAAGGUGAAAAUAUAACGAUUGUUAUUGACGAUGUUGACUCGGCAGGAGUUCGAAAGUCAAACUCGCAAAUUGAACGAAUCAUUUUACAUCGAGAUGAAAAUGAUGUCAACCCAAGAACUCAUGGGUUUGGUCUUGUCGUGAUGGGUGGUAAAAUAAGUGAAACUGAUGGUAAAUUAUAUGCCUACGUUGCCUACGUUGUACCUGGAGGUUCAGCCGAUAAAAUGUCUCUCAAAGCAGGAGACAAGAUAUUGGAAUGGGAUAGAAAGAGUUUAGUCAAUUGUACAUUUGAACAAGUUUGCUCGAUUAUUGAGUCCUCACAAAACACGGCCGAACUGCUCAUUGAACCUUAUAACCGAACUGAACGAAGAGGCGCUCUGAUUCACCAACGUCGACGACUGAGCCAAGCUUUUAGCCAAAGUGGAAGUGACAUUUAUUCAAGUCCGCCAAUAUCACCUUCCUAUCAAGGUGGUAAUCGAUCAGGUCGCAAGUUACCUAGAACUCCUGAAUCGGUUCAACCGGUGGGUCAAGGGGAGAUACUUAUACAAACUUGGGUCGAUUUGGAGCGAAGUGAGUUGGUGAUAACAAUUAUAUGUGCCAAAGGUUUAAACAACAAGAGGCCUUGCUUUGCUCGGGUUCGAAUCAUUCCUGAAAUGGGCUUCAAAAGCUGUCAAACUGAACUGAGUAAUGGACUUGAAUGGAACGAAACUGUUAUUAUUCAAAAAUUUCCAAUUGAAAAGAUUACUGAAAUGGCUCUUGAAAUUGGGAUUUGGGAAACAAUGGGAGAUAAACCUGAGCUUCUUGGCGAAACUGUGAUACCAAUGGAAAGUGCCAUUGCUCAUAAUACUGAUUGGUGGCCUCUCUUGUUGCCUCAAUAUCUGUGCAACCUUGCUCGAAGCUCUUCUCUCGACACUUUAGCCGUUAAAGCAUUGACAGACGGUUUCUCUUGCCUUUCCGAGUCUAAAUCAGUGCCAUCAAGUCGCCGUAAUUCGGGUCGAUCAGACAUCAUUGAUCCACUUCGAGUAAUCAACAAUUUAAACACGUCAGCAUCUCAUCUUCAUUCAUCUGCAUCAAAUAUCUCACCAAGCCGAACAAUGAGCCUACGAAUAGCUCGACCUUCAAGUGAAACCUUAGUCCAUCACGGCCCAAUCCCGGGUCCAACAAGUGCCAACCAAUUAGUUGCUGGAUCAGGUGGUAUGGGCACACCGCCACCAAGCCUAACAGUUGAACCUCCACCGUUGAGUCCAAGACGUAAAAGUGCUUCAUGCAUAGCAUCGAGUAAAAUGAAUCGUUCCUUUAGCCUAAAGUCAAACCCAGAUACAACCGGAGGUGAAAACAUUCGCGUAGAUUCCUCGGCUUCAUCCAACUACCAUCAAUCAGUGACUACAAAUUCCGAUUCCGAUUCAGAAGGUAUUACCUCGGAAAGUGAUUCAGUCAAUACAUCAACAAUUUCCCAAAUGGGCUGUGAUUUAGGUUCCAAUCUAAUUGUUGGUGAAAUUAAACUUGGCUUUGUCAUGACGAAAGGUUUACUAGAGAUUGAAGUUAUCGCUGCUCGUGGCCUUCCUACAACUCAUUCAAAGCAACCUCCAGAUACAUAUGUUAAAACUUAUCUCAAGGAAAGUAAUCGUCACACAAAUAAAAAGAAAACUCGAGUUGUCUAUGGUUCUUGUGAUCCCCAAUAUCGACAGACUUUGAAGUAUGAUGCUGCCCUGAUUUACGGUCGAUCGUUACUUGUGAUGGUCUGGCAAAAGCAUAAAGGAUUCGAACACAAUACUCCAUUAGGGGCAGUUGAUGUUAAAGUGAAUUCCCUCGAGCUACAUAAACUGACCAUUAGCUGGUUUAAACUUUACGCACUAAAUCAUUCUCCAUAAGUGGCAUAUUUUGUAUUAAAUUGUUUCGAUCCACAUUGAAUCAAGUGUAAAAAUGAAACUUUUAAAGUGUAUAGAAAUAAAAAUAUAAAAGCGUUGGCUAUUCGUUAUAAGUUAUAAAGUCACAAAAAACGUGGAAAUUUUUGAAUCAUUCCGUUUGCGGAGUAACUCAACAGGUGAUUCAGGUCAAAUUUACAUGGACCAGCAUUUAGAUGACAUAAAUGGCACUUGGCAGCACAGCAAAUUGACACUUAUUUUGAUUAAUCUAUUACAUCGGAGCUCUAGCCCUAGCAUAGUGCUAGGAUAAUUUACAAUCAAGUGUACACGUAAAUAAUAUUAACUAUCGUCUUACUA